AUGGAAGAGGACCGAGAUUCAUUCAAUCUGAAUUUCAGGCCAGAGUCAGCUCAGCUUGUGAAAAAUUUGCUGGAGAGACACCACCACGCUGUCACGAAGGAGCAGCUGGAUGACUCUCCUGACAGUGAGAUGAGGAAUAAUAACUGGGUUGCCGGACAAGACUUUACAGUCGAAGUGGGGGAAAAGCAGAUCGGGGAGUAUAUUCAAACCUGGGAGAUAAAGCCCUGCUGGCUUUACAGUCUGUACUUCCUCUACUCAACCGAGGAGGAGCAUCAUACCUUUUAUCACUACCAGGCCCGCUUCAGUACCCCGACGUCGCGGAAGCCGAUUCAGGGGACAGCUAGCGUCUACUUCGUCGUGGACAUAUCUAAGGUCAAACCCCAAACUCUGCCCGUUGAGGUGCACUUCAUAGUGGAGUCCAACAGGCUGGUGCACACACCGGGCAGGACCAGGUUCAGAGAGAAGUGGCUCGCGGACGUUAUUGAGAGCAAGACUUUGCUCCGAUCAGCGAUGCACCUUUGA